ACACGAUUGAGUUUGAGUUCCACGGGGUUGUCGAUCGAUCAUCGUUACUCAUAUAUGACCGACGCAGAGUGCCGAAGUAUACCUAAGUGUUUUAUACGAUAUUAUUUUAAAUAAAUAACGAUAGACAUAAAGAUAUAUUAUACACAACGAAAAAUGAUGCAUCUUUCGUCUGCCAUCGCAGUCUUGAUGAUCGUGGUUGCAGCAGCGUCUGCCGGCCUUUAUCCGGCGACGAUGGGCAACAAAGGCGCCGCCGUGGGGCGCACGAAAUCUACCGCCAAUCGUGACACUUCAGGUGAUAGUUAUCACAUGCAGUCGUCUGAUGGACAGUAUGUAUUCGGACACACCAAUGGCGAACAGGGCAGAGCCGAGAUGCGCGACAGCGACGGCACGGUGACCGGAUAUUACAGUUACGCGGACCGCGACGGUCGAGUGGUUCGCGUCGAUUACGUGGCGGACAAGGGCGGAUACAGAGUGAUAUCAAACGCCGGUGUGCAGUCCGCUUCGGUGACCGUACAGGCGGACGGCGGUGGUGCAGCUCCAGCUGCUCAAAGCGAUUUCCGGAAACUGUACACGGAUAUGACCCGCCGCAUCAAAAGCACAGUCGUGCAACGAGGUCAAAAAGUGGUGGAUCCCAUCGGUGAAGGCCAACAGCCAGUCGUCGUGGAUCCGAUUCCGUACCCUACUGAAGAGACAAAACAUUCAAACCCUGAAGAAAAAAUCAAUUUUCCGGAUUGGAGUCAAGUGAAGAUUUCUACGACCCAAAAGCCAACGAAUGGAAUUGAAAAAAGCGAAGGACAACAACAACAACAACAAGAAACUGUAGAUCCUAAUUUGGAUAGUGUAAAGAUUACAACUCAAAAAUCAAAUAUUAAGGGAAAUGAAAACGAUGGCCAAGAAUCUAUUGACGAUUCGAAGAGUGGAAUGAUCACUACAGAUAUACCUUCAGUACCAUUAGUUCCGAUUCAGCCUCAAGUUCCCACGAAAGGAGAUCAUAAGGGAGAAUAUUCUGAUACAGUAUACCACGAAGAUCAGGCCAAGGAAAUUACGACUGAAGUCGGCAAUUCCAUGAUCGGUGCAGAAUCUACCGUAAUCGAUGACACAGAAAAUAAUUCACCAGUCACAAAACCCAUAUCGAUUAUAAGCAACGUUCAAACAACGGUAUCAUAUUACGACAGGCCUGGACAAACCACUGAAAGUACUGUAAGUAGCGACGGCCGACUAGGUUUCCAGACAACAAUCUCUGGAGUAAAACAAUUUGAUGAAUAUUCAACAGCGGUGGUUUCAGAAAGUGCGACGGAGCAUUACCGAACCAUUAAAGAGAACGAGGACAAAAUUAAGAUUUCAUCUGAAACGGAUGUGCUGGUGACCAUCAAACCACUACAGGAUAAUGAAUCAUUCGAAAAUGUACAGACUACAGUUGAACCGAACCGUCAAACCGACGUCCAAACUACUGGUGUACUGUCCAGUGUCGAUUCCACGACGAUCGAAACGGUAAACGGAAAUCCUGCGUUAGUCAGUACGGUGCGGCCUUUGUACGAAUCUGAUAUUACUACAUCGCAGACCGGUGGUAGGGUCGGUGACACGGAAACCGCAACUGCAGUCGAUGCAGCCGGUAUUCAGUACGUGACCGAACAGAACAAUAAUAAUGAAGACCGUCCCGAGUUUAGAACCCUAGAGCCUACAGAGUCGAUCGGGACUACCAUCAGACCCGACUUAGGAAAUUCCCAACAAGAACUGCAAGAGAUUGUUUGGCCAGAAAUCCCACAAGAAUCAGUGCCUCAAGUUUUGGUACCUCUGGAUCCAUAUCCUGCCGAAGAUCUGCGGCCGAAAAAUGUUGGUGUCAAGACUCAGCCAAAUGAUUCGAGACCGGUCAGAGAUUACAAACCGGACGAAUUGAAGUCAGCGAUCAACGUCUCAGAAAUUGAAACAACGACUAUGAUAAUAAGUAACGACGAAGAAAACGGAGCUAUGUUCAACUUUCCCAAAUAUUAUCUCAUUGGCUGACGAUGGACGUCACCUAUAGAUAAUGAUAAAUAAAUAAUAAUUAAUAACAUUGUACCUACGAAUAUUGUGUUCAUUAGAUUUGUGUUAAUAAUAAUGCUUUACGUGUAUACCCACAUUUAUGCCAAUUAUAAUAACAAAUUUUACAUUUCUUGAAGUAAAUAACAUAUUAUGUAUACUUAAAUUGAAAUAAAUGUAUUCGAAUAAUUAUUAUUGUAGUCUGUAGUACAUCGUUUUAAAGUCUUGUACAAUAUAUUUAGAUAUUUUAAACAUUAUACUUCGAAUGAAUAAACGAAAUAUGUUUGUUA